AUGAAUUCUUCGUAUUCCAAAAAACAAACCGCCUUGCAUAAAGCUGCCGUCUAUCGCCGCCGUAGCAUUUGUCAAAUACUGCUUGAAGCCGGUGCAUGCCCAACUGCGCGUGACGCCCAUGGGAAACGACCUAGGCGUUUAGCUUAUGACGUUGACGAUUACGCACUUGUCCACUACUUGCAACGUGAAGAACUCAUGUUCACAAUCGCCAAUGGACGCGAAAAAAUCAGUGUUUAA